AGCAUGAUGGCUGCGGAUGCUGCGGCAGCUUACCGCUUCCCGCUCUCCAUCCUGCAUCCUCCCGGGGUGUCUCUCCUCUUCCUGCUGGCCCUGCUCUCCACUCUUCCGGCCACGACACGGGCACUGCUCGGCGUCCGACCGGAGGACACUGAAAGCCAAGAGAUAUCCGUCCGGGAUGGGAUGCUGACCGCCACCGAGGGGACCCGCUUCAUGCUGAGGGUGUACUACUCCGUAUCUCCGGUAGCCCAGCAGCAUCCCCUAAACCUGAGUAGUGCAACCAGCGGCAGAAAGGAAGGCGUCCCGGCCGCACCGUGGAUCGCUUUUAUCGAAGAACCGGAGGGGGAUAGCGGCCAUGAAGAAAGGCAACUUCUGCCAAAAGUCAAUCCCUGCGUGGUGGAGAACGCCCGCAGCUCUGAUAUUGAACUGUUGGGCUCUUUCAAGUCCUCGUCCAGCCACAACUCCGUUCUGGUCGAGCUCCUGGCCAAAGACCUGCGGCGGGGCGAGGCGGUUAAACAUUACUCCAUGUGCGCCUUCGACGGGACGAAGUGGGAGCAUUUUAGCACCAGGGACUUUUGGUUAGCGGUGGUGGAGAGACCGCCGCAGGCGGACCUCUGGCUGCAGGCGGGAGUUUCCGUGCUGUUGUUAGCACUUUCGGCGCUGUGCAGCGGACUGAACAUCAGCAUGCUCGCCCUGGACCCUGUGGAGCUCCGCGUUCUGCAGAACAGCGGCACCGACAAGGAGCAGAAAUACGCGCGAAACAUCGAGUCCGUGCGUAAACACGGAAACUACAUAUUGUGCACCGUGGUGCUGGGCAACGUGCUCACCAACACGUGCUUCGUGGUGUGGAUGUGUCAGAUUGUGGGAAUGACUGUACUCUCAACGGCCUCGUGCACUUUCGGGAUCUUCUUUAUCGGUGAGAUUCUCCCGCACUCCGUGGCCUCCCGCCACAGCCUGGCGAUCGCCUCCAAGACGCUGUGUGCCACGCGGCUGCUGAUGCUGCUGUUCUUCCCCAUCGCCUACCCAGUGUCCAAGAUCCUGGACAUCAUGCUGCACCAAGAGAUCAGCAGCUUCUACACGCGGGAAAAGUUGGUGGCCAUGUUGCGUGUGACGGACCCGUACCACGACCUGGUGAAAGAGGAGCUGAACAUCAUCCAGGGAGCCCUGGAGCUGAGGACCAAGACAGUUGAGGACGUGUGCACGCCCCUGUCCGACUGCUACAUGCUGUCCUCGGACGCAACGCUGGACUUCUGCACCAUGUCCGACGUCAUGCAGAGCGGCUUCACGCGCAUACCCGUGUACGAGAACGACAGGUCCAACAUCGUUGACAUUUUGUUCGUCAAAGACCUGGCGUUCGUGGAUCCGGACGACUGCACGCCCCUCAAGACCAUAACCCAGUUCUACAGGCACCCCAUGCACAGCGUGUUCAACGACACUAAACUGGACGUGAUGCUGGAAGAAUUCAAACGAGGUAAGUCCCACCUGGCGGUGGUGCAGCGGGUGAACAGCGAGGGCGAGGGCGACCCGUUCUACGAGGUCAUGGGCCUCGUGACCCUGGAGGACGUCAUCGAGGAGAUCAUCAAGUCGGAGAUCGUGGACGAGACCGACCUCUUCACUGAUAACCGCACCAAGCGGCGCGUCUCCAGCCACGAGAGGAAGCAGCAGGACUUCUCCAUCUUCAAGCUGGGGGAGAACGAGCUGAGGGGGAAGGUCUCCCCCCAGCUGCUGCUGGCCACACACCGCUUCCUGGCUACCGAGGUGGAGCCCUUCCGGCCAUGUCACCUGUCGGAGAAGAUCCUGCUGCGUCUCAUCAAGCACCCCAGCGUGGUCCAGGAGCUCAAGUUCAACCCCAAGGACAAGCGCUGCCCCCAGCACUACCUCUUCCAGAGGAACAAGCCCGUCGACUACUUUGUCCUCAUCCUGCAGGGCCGGGUGGAGGUGGAGAUCGGUAAGGAGGAGCUGAGGUUUGAGAACGGAGCCUUCUCCUACUACGGCAUGCCGUCCCUGGUGCCUCUGCUGCCCCUCAUCCACAGGUGCAGCUCCCGCAGCAGUAUCCUGAACCAGUCCGACUCCAUGCUGAGUGCCGGCAGCGUGGGUCACCUGAGCGCGGUGGGGGUAGGAGGAGGAGUCUAUCUGCCCGACUACUCGGUCAGACAGCUCACAGACCUGCAGAUCAUACGGAUCUCCAGGAGCCACUACCAGAACGCCCUGACGGCCUGCAGGAUGGACUGCUCCCCCCUGUCGCCGGACCCCUGCGACGCCAAGGGCAGACCCCCCGUCCCCGAGGCCCGCUCCCACAGCAUCGCCCUGCCCCUCCCCCCCCACGCCCACGCCCGUCUGGGCCUGGCCCGCCUGGCCCACCUGCACCCCCCCCACGCCGGCCUGCGCACCACGGCCCGCCUCAACCACCGCAACCGCAUCGUCCGCAGCAAGUCAGACGGCCAGCGCAGCCCCAACGACACGGUGUUCCUCCGCAUGGACGAGAUCCCCUUCAUCCACGAGGACCGGCCCGAGAGCAGCCAGGACCAGGACACCUCGCCCUGCAUCAGCUCCUUCUCUCUCUCCAGCUCCGAAGAGACCGUCGGGAAGAAGCUCCUGCGCAAGAUAAGUAACAAGGCGAGGAAGAAAUCCUACGAUGGAGACAGAAAUCUGGAGGAGGAGGGCUCGGAACCGGCGCCGGUGAAGAGCUAGCAGAGUGCUAGCAUCAGCGCUAACAACGCUACCAUGCUACAUCCAGAGG